AUGGUUUUGUUCUCUGCCGGCGCGGCAAUUAGAGGACACAAACCUAAAAGAGCUGAACGAUGCUUUUCUUCGUGUUUGGUAUAACCACAAAUGAUAUAUACAGAAUAUAUACCUAUACACAGACAUGCAUGCAGAGGAUUAGCAGUUUGAUAUAUGCACAGCGUAACAGGUAAGUUAUUUUGUAACACAAUGCUGGCGGAUUUUAAUGUUCUUCUGUACUGUGUACCGCUUUUUGCUGUUAUCUAUGCAUUUGGGUACUCAGUUUUAUUCAGAACGUGGAAAGGCCCAACCCGUUUUGAGGCUGCGAGCUGCUGCAUCUCAUUCAUUCAUGGCAUAUGUGUAGUGAUUAUGUGUUCCUAUGACCUCAUAAACAGUUAUCCAUGGAAAUUGGAUGCACCCAACACAAAUCUAGAGAACAAAAUCAUGGAGUUCAGCCUCGCUUAUUUUGCCAUAGACAUGAUCCAUUACAUUCUGGUAAACCCAUCAGACUAUCUCUUCAUUUUGCACCAUGUUGCUACCUCCACCUACAUGAUUUCCUGUAGGUAUUACACAGGCCAUGGUGGGAUUUCUGCAAUUUCUCUCAUGUGUACAGGGGAGGCCACAAGCCCAUUUCAGAAUGUUUGGACAGUGGCAAGGAUGGGUAGAGGGGAGUCUCCUUUGGCUAGUAGGAUUUAUGCUGCUAUGUCACCUGCUUUUACAGUUUAUUUCACAAUUAUGAGGUGUAUUGUGGGCCCUUACAUUGCCUGGGAGUUGGGAUCCUUUUACUUUCCUGGAAAAGCUGACAAGGUCAUCCCUAGGGGGAUUGCAUACUUCUGGAUGGUCACUGUCAUUUUGGCCAUUGUGGGGAGCACUGUUUGGGUUUAUAAGCUCUGGACUGGUUUGAUUAAGUUUUAUGCAAGGAAAAGGUCUCCAAGCCAUAAGACCAAUAUAAAGAAGGCAGAGUAAUCUACCGUCGAAGAAGUUCUCUGCACUGUAACUUUAAACUUGGGCUUAUUGAUUAGGAUGGGUGAAUGUUUGAACCCGGAGCCUUUGGAUCUCACGAACUCAUAGUUAUGGGGUUUGGAGUGUAUGGAGAAAUGCGGAUUAAUUUGUUGUUUCUUUGAAAGAGACAUUUCCUUUAUGAUUUGAAUUGGAUCAAAUUAAAAACAAAAAUACCAUGAUAUUGUCUUGUACGGGUUUAUUUUAUAAGAAACAUGAUAGCCAGGAGCGUCCAUCUUAAAAAAUUGCAUUCUUAGGCUGUUUCUGGCCUGUGGCAGACUACCUGUCAAAUGGGCUAAAAUUAGUUAAGGAUUUUGACAAUUAAUUUGUCCAUUAUCCGAUAGCAUCUAUAUAUAUAACUCUUUGGUCUACGGUCGUCACUCUUUGACAAGUGUUCACAUAUUUUCUUCUAUACAACAUUGUUUUUUUUGAUA